UUCAAUCCUCUCCUGCCUCACAUCCAGAGACACACACACUCACACGCACGUCGCUUGAUAAACUACUGGUGUGGUGCAGCCUAGGUAUAGCUUGCUCGCUUACUUGCUCUUGUUGUCCUUCGUCAUCGCCGCCGCCAUGGCUCUAGUGGGUCAGCCAGCCAUGCUCUGCCACGACGACGGCGUGCCGCCCUUCAUGGACGCCGGCGGCCUCUCGUUCGGCUACGGGUACGAUCACCACUACCAACCUUUUCUCCUCGAGGAGGAAUGCUUGCUGGGCAGCCACGCAUGGGAGCUGCCAACCGGCGACCUUGGCGCCGAGCCUGGCAACGCCAGCGCGUUCGAUGGGCACGACGUCGGCUGGAAGCACCACGCAACCGGCGUCUCUUCCCCUGUUUCGAUGCUCUCGUUCGAUGACCCGUCGGCGUCGGCGGCGUCCGCAUCGCACAAGCGACCUCGUGCGCUCGCGCAGGAAAAGCAGGGAACGGACCAAGAGAGCGCUACCGAUCCCAAGAAGCAGUGCGGCGGCGACAGGAAAGCGGCGAUCAAGCCCAGAAAAACGUCCGCGAGCACCAGUCCUCCACCCAAAGAGCCACAGAGCGAUGCUGCCAAGAACCGUCGCGAGCGGAUCGGCGAGCGGCUGAGAGCGCUGCAGGAGCUGGUGCCCAACGGCAGCAAGGUGGACAUGGUCACCAUGCUCGACAAGGCCAUCACCUACGUCAAGUUCAUGCAGCUCCAGCUCACGGUGCUCGAGACGGACGCGUUCUGGCCUGCGCAGGGCGGAGAGGCGCCGGAGAUCUCCCAGGUGAAGGCCGCGCUCGACGCCAUUAUGCUCUCGUCGUCACAGCAGAAUCAUCAAUGGAUCUAGCAACGAGCCGAUCAAAUUGCUACCGCUAGUAUAUUCUCUCCCAGAAUUCAGAGCAUUGCGUCAGUAACUUUGGACAGCACAGCUUGCUUAUCCGUCAUCUGUCCUUCUCUUCUUCUUUGGCCCAGUCUGUGAACCUCUAAAUUUGCCAUGUAAUCACCAUAGUAGCUACUGCUAUUGCA